AUGACAUCUUUAAUUAAUAGUCUUGUAGCUAGUGAAAAAACAGUUAUUGUCAUUGAUAUUGGACAAGCCUACACGAAAUGUGGUUUUGCUGGCAGUGCUUCACCUCGUCAUAUUAUUCCAACUAGUAUUACAAUCGAUGGCAAAAAAAAAGCUGUCUUCGAAUAUGAUUCAGAUUUAGUCAUGUUACAUGAUGAUCGUCUUCUUAAACUUAUUCGAUCAGUUUACUAUGAACACAGUAUGGUAAAUAGUCGAGGUCGAGGUGUUGUCAUUGUUGAAUCAGUAGUUACACCUACACGGAUUCGACAUUUACUGGCAGAUAUCUUAUUAAAAAAAUUUCAAGUAUCAUCUUUAGCAUUUAUACCAUCACAUCUAGCUGCAGCAUAUACAUUAGGCCGAGAUACAGUCCUCGUUCUUGAUGUUGGUUAUAAAGAAGCUCAAAUAAUGCCUGUGGCGGAAGGUGUUCCGCUAGCAAUACAAAUUGAUAGUUUACCCUAUGCAGGCAAAGCUGUUCAUAAACAAAUUCAAUUGUUACUUGAACAACAUGCUGUAAUCGUUCGUCAAGGAAAGAAAAAAUCAUUUAAUUCAGCUCAUAUAAAAUUAUCAGAUGAUAUUUUAGAAGAUAUUAAAGUUCGUUGUUGUUUUAUUUCACCAUUUACUCGUGCACAAAUUUAUGCUAAAAAUAAAUUCACACCUGAUGAAUUGAAGGAUCCAUUUCAAGAAGCUUCAUCAAUUGAUUAUCCAUUAGAUUCAACGACCAUCAUUCGUAUCCCAGGAAUAGUUAGAGAAUUCGCAUGUGAAGUUCUUUUUGAACAAGAUAUUGAUGGUAGAUCAAUAGCAACAUUAAUACUUGAUACUUUACUUCAAUCAUCCAUUGAUCUUCGUCAACAGUUAGCUAAUAAUAUUUUAGUUAUUGGAGGUACAGCAAUGAUGCCAGGUUUUCUACAUCGUUUUAAUUCUGAAUUAAUUUAUUUUGUUAAUACAUCGACAUAUGUAAAUAAAUUAGUUAUAAAAAAAUUUCAUUUUCAUUCACCACCUGCACAAUUGAAUUAUACAGCAUGGUUAGGAGGUUCUAUUUUUGGUGCUCUUGAUAUAUUAGAAUCGCAAUCAAUUAUACGUGAUAAAUAUUUAGAAAAUGGAAUUAUACCAGAUUGGUUUACAAACGAUCAAGUUUCUUAA